GUGGAUCUGGGAUCGGACCACUUGGGGGACUCGGGUAUCCCAGUCCCGGAUCAGGAGGAGGAGCCUCGGUGGAGGAAGUAGCUCCACAGCCUGAAUGUGUGUAUGUGUGUGUGGAGCAGUUACCUCCAUAGUGAGAGUGUCGCUAACCACUGGAUUGUUAAAACGACAAGCAAAAGUCAUCCCCGGGAGGAAAACAACACGCGGACUCGCUCUCGAGGACUAGGUUUUGUAUUUCUGCCCCUCUCUCGGUUCAGGUUGAAGCGGUGCAGCCGGUCCAGAAGCGAGCAGUAUGCAUUCAGACUGCAGGCUGCUAUGGGCUGCAGAGCGGUAAUGGUGGGCAGGGGACCGACAGGGGCCCGGGUUCUCGUCCUGUCGAUUCUCAUCAUUCUCACCACGAAGGGCUGCCGAGCGCAGAAAGGUGAUGGCUGUGGCCCCAGUGUACUUGGCCCCAGCAGUGGGACUCUGUCCUCUCUGGGUUACCCGGGGACAUACCCGAACAACACGGUGUGUGAGUGGGAGAUCAGCGUGCCCCGCGGCAACAGGGUCCACUUUCGUUUCGCAGAGCUGGACAUAGAAAACAGCGACUGCCAGGUCAACUACCUCCGCCUCUACAACGGCGUCGGACCCGACAGGAGUGAGAUCGUGAAGUACUGCGGUUUGGGUCUGAAGGUCAAAGAGCUGAUCGAGUCCACGGGCAACCAGGUCACCGUCCAGUUCAUGAGCGGGACCCAUCACAGAGGACGUGGAUUCUACCUGUCCUACUCCACCACCCAACACACAGAUUUAAUCACCUGCCUCGACAAAGGCACAGAUUUCCCUGAGGCAGAGUUCAGUAAAUACUGUCCUGCAGGCUGCCUGACAUCGACUGAGGAGAUUUCUGGAACUAUCCCUAAAGGAUACAGAGAGUCCUCUCCCGUGUGUGUGGCCGCGGUCCAUGCAGGUGUGGUGUCCAACGCGUUGGGCGGGAGGAUCAGCGUGGUCAGCAGCAAAGGCAUCCCUCACUACGAGGGCACACUGGCUAACAACGUCACUUCCACUGGAGGAACUUUGUCCAACAGCCUCUUUACCUUCAAGACCAACGGCUGUUACGGGACGCUGGGUUUGGAGUCGGGUGGUGUUGCGGACACUCAGCUGUCUGCUUCGUCUGUGUGGGAGUGGAACAACAUUAUUGGUCAGCACAGUGUGUGGGCGCCAUCAGGAGCGCGGCUGAAGAAGGUGGGGCUGCCCUGGGCGUCCGCCCAGAGUGACCAGCAUCAGUGGCUGCAGAUCGAUCUCAAGAGGGAGAAGAGGAUCACAGGCAUCAUCACCACUGGCUCCACUGUAAGAGAAUACCAGUACUACGUGUCAGCAUACCGGGUCCUGUACAGUAACAACGGGCAGCAGUGGCACAUCUACAGGGAAGCAAAUUCUACACAAGACAAGAUUUUUCAAGGCAACAUCAACUACCUGCAUGAGGUGAGGAAUAAUUUAAUUCCUCCGAUCGAGGCUCGGUUCAUAAGAAUAAAUCCGACCCUAUGGCACCAGAGAAUCGCGCUCAAGUUGGAGCUGCUUGGCUGCCAAAUAUCCGCAGCGAGGCCGAGGAUGAGGAUGCCGCAACCCUCUCCUCAUACUUCACCUACUGCGGGCACAAAACGCCCGCCUCACCUCGGCCAAACCACACACACGCCGGACAUCAGAAACACCACUAUGCCUCCUCACACCAGCAAAGACAUGGUGCUGGCUGCAGUCCUGGUGCCCGUCUUGGUCAUGGUUCUGACUGCUCUCAUCGUGAUUGUGGUUUGUGCGUGGCAUUGGAGGAACAGGAAAAAGAUCUCUGAGGGAACGUACGAUCUCCCUCACUGGGACCGCACAGACUGGUGGAAAAGCAUGAAGCAGCUGUUGCCCUCCAAGAUGGUGGAGACGGAGGAUUCAGUUCGGUACAGCAGCAGCGAAGUGGGCCGGCUAACGGGGAGAGGUGCAGUACCCAGACUACAUGCUGAACCUGCAGAGUAUGCUCAGCCGCUGGUGAGUGGCGUCACAACAUUAGGUGCCCGCUCAACAUUUAAACCCGAUGAGGGGCCCGACCCAGGAUACUCAGACCCCGACCUGUACGACGCUCCCAUCUCACCCGAUGUCUACCACGCCUACGCAGAACCCUUACCAGCCUCGGGAUCCGAAUACGCCACACCCAUCGUGGUUGAUAUGGGCUGCCACCCAUCAGGGGGCUCCACUUUGAACCAGCCCUCCGCAGUGUGCGGUUUUAUGGGUGCCGGGGCGACCUCCCUGCUCACGCGGACAGACAGCAGCCAUUCAGAGAGGUCGGCUUACGAUACGCCCAAGAACGCCACUGGACAGGUCACGCCCACUGAGGAUCUGACCUAUCAGGUACCUCAGAGUAGCACUCAGAAGCCGACGGGAAAGAGCUGAAGAGUCUGGAUGCACAUGGCCUUAAUCUGCCCCUCACUGCCAACACGACCCGACGGACACAGAUGGAGGGUCGUUAACGGCGGAGGAGGUUUGAACCUGCGAGCGAGCCCUGGAGCCUGGGCUCGAGUCUUGAAUGAACACUACCUUAGCUUUAGAUUCAUCUGGAGAUGUCUGUAUUGCCUAAAUGUUUCUGCAUGGCCACAAUCUGCUUGUGUAGUGCCAUUACAGUCCUAUCACUGAAACCACAAAGAUGAAUGUGUUUGUGUCACGUGUGAGAGGCGGAGACGGAGGGAGGACGAAAAGGAGAAAGCUGACUACUAUUUGUUAAAGACUUUGUCCCUGUUCUGUGAUCCUCAGUAGUUCUUGUAUUCUGUGAAACUGUGAUUUCAUUUUUUUUUUCUUCUGUUACAAACUGAAAUGUACCUGAUGAUUUAAAGUCAUCACAUCUAAAAGGGUUCUCUUACUGAAUUAACUGCAUGUUGCGUUAAGUGCCCCACAUCGACGGUCAAAAAAAUUCCUCCUCGCUAGAGAAACUCUAGUUUUCCACGGUACGUUUUUGUCUUACUUUGUUUAAAAAGCAUGACUUGAAAUUGUGUAUAGUUCUAGUAAUUCCAUUAUUGCAAACCUGUUCAAACUCUCAGAUGAUUUACUGAUAUUUAUUUUUAUUUUCACAUCCUGCUGAUGAGGAGAAACUCUUUUUUUUUUUCUUUUUUUUUUAAAUAGCCCACCACUACCCUCAAUGAUUACACAACAAAGACGUGUAGUUGCACUGUUGUGGACACCGACAUUACAGGAAUACUUUACCCGCAGAAUGACCGUUUGUAUAGCAAUAAAUCACCUCGUGGCACUGAAUUUGUGAAGAAAAUGUAGCUUUUCUAGCAUGUGAACGGAAAAUCCAAAAAAGGCAAACAUUCAUAAUGAAUUGAAACAAACGGGGUCCACAUUUGAAAACAGCAAAAUUAUAUCAAAGCGUGUUUACAAAGUCUUACACAUCUUCUGCAGAGGGAUCCAGUCCUUCAAGGACUUUGCAGGCUGUUUUUUGGAUUGUCGCAGCCUGAAAUGCCUGAUUUCCCUGCAGUUUUUCUAAAACAUUCGAUGCAUUGUUGUAAUGUUUAUGGGCGUUUUUUUUUUUUGCGGUGGCAAGUGACAGUUGCAAUAACAGUUGUGAUGCCAUCUUAGAUUUGGAGCUUAUUGUCAUGAGCCUUCGGUGUUUUCCACAGACAAACUGUCCCAAUGAAAUGAGACUUUACCAGUUUUAAAUGGUCAAUUUUGCUGUAAAGUUGCAGUGACUGGAAAAAAACUGCAAGGUACAAGGCUCAUUUAUCUAAAUGUAUGCUCAGUACUUCCAAAACAUGCAUUUUUUGCCAAAAUGUAACAAUUUAAAACAAUGUGCCUGGGUGCUGUUGAACUUUGAGGAGGCAUUUUAUAAUAAAACAUUUAAUCAAAAAUGCAAGUACAGAUCAUAUAACUGGAUAAAUGAGACUUGGAUUAUCAUACUUCAAAUCAUUAAGACUGUGAGCUGUUUUUGGAUUCUCCGCGAGAAAAGCUUUUUUUCUUUUUUCUUUCAUAAAUUCAAAAUAACACACGGUGAUUAAUUAGCGAAGACAUUUUGUGGGUGAAUUAUUCCUACAAGUAGUUUUCCUUUAAUCAACCCUGUCAGAGAUGUUGUUUGUUAACUUGAAAAGGCUGAUCGGAAAGAUCAAUCCAAUGAACUUCAAAAAGUGUCAAUACUUUUUGUUAUCUUGAAGACCAAAUGUUGCCUUUUUCUGUGUUUAUGCAAUCUUAAUUCACAACAGAACCAAUUUUCACAAUCGUGCCAACAGCGCAAGUUUAGCCAAAUAAUCAUUAAAGCAGUCUUAAUGUAGAAAAGACCAUUUUAAAGGCCUAGUUAGUUGAUGUCCUAGCAUAAAAGGUACAGAGAAAAGAGGUAGAGGGGUUAAUCUGUUACAGCUGAUGAUUUCAUAGAGUUUCCUGUGUGUGUUUGUCCUGAACUUUUAGAUUUUAUCGUGCAUCAUGGUGAUUGUCUCGUGUUGAAAUGGGUGUUUGAGUGUUUCUUCUUUGUAUCUGUGCAUCAACAUCUGUACGUGUGUUAAGCCGUUUUAAUAUUUCAGUCCCGUGUGUGUUUUUUUGGACUGGUUUUGAUGCGGCUUACAGUUGUAUUAUAAGAUGUGUUCAGUCGUUGUCUGUAGCACCAGUUAGACUGCAUUCCUCUCCUGUCCCACCUGUGGUACUAAUCUGACCAAACGCUCUGUGGCAGGAGUGCAGAUGGAGAAAAAUGGAACAAGCUGCUUUAUAACUUUACAGAAUAGCAACCCCGCCUCGGAGGAGGGAAGGUGUUAUUCACACAGCUGUGCCACCAAUCAUGCUUUGAUUAUGCUCAAUAACCAAGGUGAUGUACAAACAGAGUUUUGGUGCUCCCUGGUCACAGAGGGAUUGUGUUUAUGUGGCUCUCACUGAUUGUAUAUAGAGAAAUAAAGAGUUUUUAAAAGAAA